GAAGGGGCAGGGGGUAGCAGGAGAGAAGAGAAACAGACUGUCAAGGAGAUGGAUGGACAGAUGGAUGGAUAGAUGGAUGGAUUGAGGUGGAGAGACAGGCCAAGGGUGGUGGUGGGGGGGGAUUCAGAGAGUUGCUCAGAGAGAAAGAGCCUGAGGCAGGGAGAAAAAGAGACAGAGGAGGAGACUCAGAGAGCCUGGGACAGAGGGAGAAUGAGAUGGAGAUAAAGAGACACUCCCGGAGAGAGGAAAAUGGAGAGAGUUGGAAAAAGAGACUAAAAGAGAACAAGAGACAAAGACGCAGAGAGAGGGAGUCAGAGAAAGGUAGUGGCAGACAUACGUGGCAGCCAAUGAGCACUGUGGGAGCCACGGCCAGAGGAACUGGAAUGGCCCUGAGGACACCCAUCAGGGCUCCCCUGAUGCUCAUGGGGCUGCUGACCACAGGCCUGGCUCAGUUGCCAAUCCCUGCCUCGGCCCCUCGUGGUUUCUGGGCCCUGUCUGAAAACCUGACGGCUGUGGAGGGGGCCACAGUUGAGCUGCGGUGCGGGGUCACUGCCCCUGGCAGUGUGGUACAAUGGGCCAAGGAUGGGCUACUCCUAGGCCCCGACCCUGGGAUCCCGGGCUUCCCGAGGUACCGCCUCAAAGGAGAUCCUGCUAAAGGUGAAUUCCACCUGCACAUUGAAGCAUGUGACCUCAGCGAUGACGCCGAGUAUGAGUGCCAGGUCAGCCGCUCAGAGAUGGGCCCCGAGCUCCUGUCUCCCAGAGUCAUCCUCUCCAUCCUGGUUCCCCCCAAGGUGCUUCAGCUGACCCCUGAGGCAGGGAGCACAGUCACCUGGGUAGCUGGGCAGGAGUAUACGGUCAGCUGUGUGUCUGGGGAUGCAAAGCCAGCACCUGAUAUCACCUUUCUCCAAAGUGGACAAACAAUAUCUGAUGUUUCUGCUAACGUGAACGAGGGGUCCCAGGAGAAACUCUUCAUGACAGAGGCCACAGCCAGGGUGACACCCCAGAGCUCGGAUAAUGGGCAGUUACUAGUCUGUGAGGCAUCCAGCCCAGCUUUGGACACUCCCAUCAAGGCUUCCAUCACCAUGAAUGUUCUGUUCCCCCCAGGACCCCCUGUCAUCCAGUGGCCAGGCCUGGAAGAAGGGCACGUGAGGGCAGGGCAGAGCCUGGAGCUGCCGUGCACAGCACGAGGGGGAAAUCCGCCAGCCACACUACAGUGGCUGAAGAAUGGCCAGCCUGUGUCCACAGCGUGGGGCACAGAGCAUGUUCAGGCAGUGGCCCGCAGUGUGCUGGUGAUGACCGUGCAGCCAGAAGACCACGGAGCGAGGCUCAGCUGUGAAGCCUACAACAGCGUAUCUACAGGGACCCAGGAACAAAGCAUCACGCUACAGGUCACCUUUCCCCCUAGUGCCAUUACCAUCCUGGGAUCUGCGUCACAGACUGAGAACAAGAACGUGACACUGUGCUGUAUCGCCAAGUCCAGUCGCCCUCGGGUCCUGCUGCAGUGGUGGCUGGGGGGCCGGCAGCUGCUUCCUACCGACGAAACAGUCAUGGAUGGCCUGCAUGGUGGCCACAUCUCCAUGUCUAAUCUGACGUUCCUGGUGCGGCGGGAAGACAAUGGCCUGACCCUCACCUGCGAGGCCUUCAGUGAGGCCUUCGCCAAGGAAACUUUCAAGAAGUCGCUCACCUUGAAUGUGAAAUAUCCUGCCCAGAAGCUGUGGAUUGAGGGACCACCAGAGGGGAAGUAUCUCAGGACUGGGACCCGGGUGAGGCUGGUGUGUUUGGCCAUUGGGGGCAACCCAGACCCCUCCCUCACCUGGUACAAGAACUCCCGAGUGGUGACGGAGCAGCGGCUGCAGCAGGAGUCCCGGCGGGUGCACCUGGGAAGUACCGAGAAGUCUGGGAGCACCUUCUCCCGCGAACUGGUGCUGGUCGCAGGUCCAUCGGACAAUCAGGCCAAGUUUUCGUGCAAGGCGGGCCAGCUUAUAGUGUCCACGCAGCUGGUGGUGCAGUUUCCUCCGACUAAUUUGACGAUCCUGGCCAACGUGUCUGCGCUGCGCCCAGGGGACGCCUUAAACUUGACGUGUGUCAGCAUUAGCAGCAACCCACCAGUCAACUUGUCCUGGGACAAGGAGGGGGAGAGGCUGGAAGACGUGGCCGCACCUCCCCAGAGCGCCCCGUUCAAAGGCUCUGCUGCGUCCAGGAGCGUUUUUCUUCAAGUGUCAUCCCGCGACCACGGCCACCGUGUCACCUGCCGCGCCCACAGUGCAGAGCUCCGCGAAACCGUGAGCUCCUUCUACCGCCUCAAUGUGCUGUACCGUCCAGAGUUCCUGGGGGAGCAGGAGCUCGUGGUCACCGCGGUGGAGCAGGGCCAGGCACUGCUGCCUGUGUUGGUGUCCGCUAACCCCGCUCCAGAGGCCUUCAACUGGACCUUCCGCGGCUAUCGCCUAAGCCCAGCUGGAGGUCCCCGGCACCGCAUCCUGUCUGGUGGGGCUCUGCAGCUAUGGAACGUGACGCGUGCAGACGAUGGCUUCUACCAGUUGCACUGCCAGAACUCAGAGGGCACCGCUGAAGCCCUAGUGCGGCUGGACGUGCAUUGUGAAAUGAUAUUACAGAUGGGACACAGUUUGGGUGAUGAUGGAUUUGGGGCUAAACUGGAGGGCAACCUCUGAGUCCUGGGUCCCCAGGGAGAAGAAGAAGAGGAGGACCAUAGCCUAGAUGACAUGGAGAAGAUAUCAAAAGGAUCCACAGGACGCCUGCGGAUUCACCAUGCCAAGCUGACACAGGCUGGUGCUUACCAGUGCAUUGUGGACAAUGGAGUGGCACCUCCAGCCCGGGGGCUGGUCCGUCUUGUAGUCAGAUUUGCCCCCCAGGUGGAACAUCCUACCCCCCUAACUAAAGUGGCUGCAGCUGGAGACAGCACCAGUUCUGCUACCCUCCACUGCCGUGCCCGAGGCGUCCCCAACAUCAUCUUCACUUGGUCCAAAAAUGGGGUUCCUUUGGAUCUCCAAGAUCCCAGGUACACGGAGCACACCUAUCACCAGGGUGGGGUCCACAGCAGUCUCCUGACCAUUGCCAAUGUGUCUGCAGCCCAGGAUUACGCCCUCUUCACGUGCACAGCCACCAACCCCCUUGGCUCAGACCACACCAACAUUCAGCUCGUCAGCAUUAGCCUGGACCAGCCUUCUGGAGAACCUGACCACCAGGAACCCACAGAGCAGCCUGCAGGACCCCCCGGGCUGCCCCUGCUGCCCGUGUUGUUUGCUGUCGGGGGUCUUCUGCUGCUUUCCAAUGCUUCCUGUGUGGCGGGAUUCCUCUGGCGACGGAGACUGAAACAUCUUGCUGAGGGCAUCUCAGAGAAGACAGAGGCAGGGUCGGAGGAGGAGAGAGUCAGGAAUGAAUAUGAGGAGAGCCAGUGGACUGGGGACCGGGACACUCAAAGCUCCAUGGCUAGCACGUCAGAAGUAGAGCCAUAUUACCACUCCAUGAAGGACUUCAGCCCUCGGCUGCCUCCCACCCUGGAGGAGGGAUCUUAUCCCCAAGGUCUCAAAGAUGAGGACAUGGCCUUUCCCGGGCACCUGUAUGAUGAGGUGGAAAGAAUGUAUGCCCCAUCUGGAGCCUGGGGACCCCUGUAUGAUGAAGUACAUAUGGAUCCUUAUGACCUCCGUUGGCAUGAGGACAAGUAUGAGAAUCCAAGAGGAAUCUAUGACCGAGUGGCAGAAGACUUGGAUGCUGUGAGAUCUGAUUCUCUACCCUUUGAGCUGAGGGGAGAGCUGGUGUGACAGAACUGUGUUCAAGACAGAACCCAGGGUGGGGGGAUAUGUGUAAGUGACAGAAGAAGGUUCAAGCUGGUGUCAAAACAUCACCAAGGCUCCUUCUGGGCUUAGUUUUAGAAACUCAACUUCUCUCAAGGGGCAGAGUCAUUCACGUGACACCUCAACAAUAAAUAGCUAUUCUAAGGGUCUUUAUGCUUUUUGAAGUAAAAAUUCAAAAUUAGAAAAGACAUAUUAGCAACUCAUUUCUGGGCAGGGGACGCUGGGAUUGUAGCUCAGUGGUAAGAGCGCUUGCCUAACAUGCAUGAGGCACUGGGUUCGAUCCCAAGCACCACAUACAAGUAAAUAAAACGAAGGUACAGUGUCCA